AUGGCUGGCCCCGAAAAUGAGGAAAAGAGGCAUAAUGUGGUCCAAUCAACGCUUCGACAAUAUGUCGUCGCUGUGGAAGAGCCAAAAAGAGGCCAGGGUAGCCACCCUCUCCUCCGUGGUCGUUUCUCACAAGCAGAUUCCGUACUUCUAAAGAUGGCUACCAUGUCCAUCAUCAUCACCUUCCUGGUGCUCACCCACUCUGCCCUGGGACACCGCCAGUUGCUGGCGCGCCAGGACACCAACCACGUGACAGGAACCUCGUUUCUCGACCACGAGGAUCCUAUAUCCUACUUUUCCGGACGCACUUUCUUGAGGGACAACAUCCCCUAUAUCGACAUUCCCGACAAGCUCAUCCAGGAUGUGUACUAUUACAGAUGGACCUCACUCCAGCGGAACCUCCGGUACGUGACGGCCGGUACGGGCUAUAUGUGUACCGAGUUCGUGCAUCCCGUCGGCUACGCACAAGCUUUCGGCACCAUCGAUGCCGCGGCUGGCCAUCAAAUUGACGAGUCGCGGUGGCUCAGAAACACCGCGUACGCCGAUGACUACAUCCAACUCUACACUAGGGGUCCAGCUGAUCCGCUCCAAUACACACAAUGGAUUCUGGAUGCCACGAGCCGUCGCUCCAUGGUGACGGGCGAUAGUGAGUUUCUAUCAACCCAAUUGCACGACAUGAUCCGUGUAUGGAAUCUGUGGGAUCGCCAGUAUGAUUCAGCUGUUGGGUUGUAUUACUAUGAGCCCGUUUGGGAUGCCCAAGAACUGUCUCUGCCCGGUUACAUAGCUGACCCUGACAACCUCAACUGGGAUCUGAGGAAAGAUGGUCCAGAAACAUUCCGACCGAGUCACAAUGCUUAUAUGGUCGCAAAUGCCAGAGCCAUAGCCAGGGCUGCUAACCUUGCUAAGGACAAUGACAUCGAGUCAGAGUUUUCCAAAAUUGCGAACGAACUAGAAGCCGCCAUGUUUGAGUAUCUGUGGUCCCCGGAACAGGAAUUCUUUAUGGAUGUCAUUCGCCCUAAUAAUCCCAACCUGACACGACUGACAGGUCGCGAGCAAGUGGGACUAUUCCCUUAUCGGUUCGCCAUUGGCCUGAAUGAACGUUAUGCUCAGUCAGCCCUCAAUUCCAUGUUCGAUCCCAAGGGCUUCUUAGCAACCUACGGUCCCACGACUCUGGAGAUUCGUGACCCGUGGUUCAUGGGCACUAAGCCUGAUAGUUACUGUUGUUACUGGAACGGCCAGUCUUGGCCAUACUCGACCAGUCAUACUCUUAAGUCACUGGCAGAAAUCUAUCGAUCAGGUGUCACUAACGCUACUGCGGAACAAUACGUUCAGUACUUGCAGACGUAUGCCCGAACACAGCAAAAGAAUGGCAGACCUUACGUCGCUGAGUCCCAUUCUCCAUUUGAUGAUACUUGGAGCGCAGACAGUAGUAACCACUCGGAGCACUAUGAUCACUCAACUAAUAACGACGAUGUGAUCACUGGGCUUCUGGGUAUCAUACCGCAAUCAGAUGACACCCUCCACAUUUCUCCCAUCAUCCCCAGCAAUUGGACGUAUUUCCUCCUGGAAAACCUUGCUUAUCACGGACAUUCAAUUACUGUCUUAUACGAUAAGGACGGGUCGAGAUACGCCGCUCGGCCAGGGCUCACUGUCUAUGUAAAUGGCGAACAGGUCCAUCAUGGCGAAAAUCAGUCUGCAGUAGUUCCAAUCCCACCUCCCUCGUUGACUGUAGAUGAGGCACCUAUCAACAUUGCGGCGAAUCCCGAUGGCCCAGGCCAAUAUCCUACGAUAGACGCCACCUUCACGUGGCUAUCCGACUACAGCUACAAAGCCAUUGACGGGGUAGUUUACUAUGAUGUAUUACCCGAUAAUCGAUGGACAAAUUACCUAUCAACCCAUUCGAAUGAUACACUCACUGUGCAUUUCGCACGUCCACGUAAAGUGUCAUCGGUUACGCUCGCACUUUAUCAUGAUCUUUCACGGGGUGGCAGUAUCGAUUUACCAGAUCGCAUCGAAAUUUCCGGCUCUUCGGGACCUAUCACAUCGGUCGACUCGAGUACGAUGCUCUUGGCAAAUGACGUUAACACCAUCACCUUUGACUCCGUGGAGACAACAUUCUUAGCAGUCAAUCUGUACCGCAGCUCAGAGACAACAUGGGUUGGUGUCUGCGAGCUAGAGGUAUGGACACCACCACCGAUGGGGCCAACCUAUUUCGCCGUAGACGCUCAUCUCACGGGUGAGAAAACACGGGUUGUACAGGAUAUGGCGUCGACGGCAACGGCCAAUGGGGCUGUCGUUGGCGGUGUUAGAGCCGACAGCAAUGUGGCCUUCUCGGGUAUCAAGUCGGAUGGCCAAUCCACACAGUUGACCCUCAGCUAUGCGAACCCUACCGACGCUGCUAUAACUGUCAGUGUCGAGGUUAAUCAGGUGCCGCAGUCGAAAUUGACGUUGACACCAUCGGGGGCCAGUUAUUCUGCUGUCACAGCAAAUAUCAUAUUGGCCAAGGGAAAGAAUUAUAUCAGCCUAAGAGGUGGUUCGAACAGGGGCGAGGUUCGGUAUGAGACGUUGAGAAUAGACUAA